AUGGCUCCGGAGCGCAUAUCAGCGCUGAUUGCGGAGCGCCAAGUGCACUUGAGGCGGCUCACACAGGCACGCGAUGAGGAGGCCUUGACCGCUGACAUCGAAAUGUUCAGGCCUCCCUUGACCGGGUUGUGCAGCCGCUGCAGCCGCUGCAGCCACGGCAUUCCCAUGGAUCCCAAGGCAGCCAGCCAUGGGAAGGAUCCGGUGUCGUCCCUGUCGUCCCGGCAAGCAGCUUACUGCAAAGAGAAUCGAGCUGUCAUUGUGGGAGUCACGCAGGCACGCUAUCGAAGUGCUGCAAAGCUUGGCGAUGUCUUAACAGUUCAGCUUUGGUUGGAGGAGGAUGCGCAGCACCACCAACGAUGGAAAGUGAGAUCAGUUGCAGAAGUCGAGUGUGUCUCAGCUGAGCUUCUUGUUGUUCAUGCAGCUCAAGACUUCUUGUCAUCCAGGAAGUGGCCUGCUUUCGCUGGACAACCCCGAGCAACACUGGUGCCAGCACGAGAGGAGUGCGCAUCCCCUCCAUCGAUCCAUGAUGUGCUUCGCUGGUUCGAGCGCUCUCGCAGCGACUUUCUUGGAGGGCCUAAAGCUUUGCAGCAAGUGAUGGAUCUUGGCAUCCUUGUUGUUGUGGCGCGUAUUGACGACUUUGAGUAUGACACAAAACUGGUAUAUCUGGGGUCGGAUGCAGUUGAUUGGGAGGUCCGUUCUGUUCUGGACAUCUCUAGAGGCAAACUGAUCUUUGACGAGCGGCUGAUCAUGCAGCCGAACUCGGAUUACGAAGUGGCGAUCGCACGUGCAAACGUCACAUGCGUCUGUAUUGAUGCGACAACACGUCGCAUCACCCGAGCACCAAAGAAGUUGCUCGAAUUGAUUAAGUAA